GGUACACGCAGCCAAUGAGGGCAGGAGGGAGUGCCCACAACAACCGAGAGGCGGUCCGCGUCGGCACAGACACAGCACACCUUCAGAUGGGGAUGAAGUAGCAGCGGCAGUCGAGCGACACAGAAAGAGCAGCGUCUGAACCGCGGAUCCGGAGGUUUUCUUCACUUGGGGGGGGGACAGGUGACCGACCGCUCCCGCGUCCUUCGGUGGAAAUUACUGCUCGUACACCUUCCAGGCACGCGCACCCUCCGAUUCCCACAAUAGAUGUGACUGAACUACAUUUCUGUCUGAUCAUCUAAGCCCGGCACACCAACAUGGAAAAUGCGCACACUAAAUCGGCGACUGAAGUUUUAGACAACUUCGGUGUGAACGAAAACACUGGGCUGACUCUCGAACAGGUCAAAGCCAACCUGGAGAAAUAUGGACCGAACGAGCUCCCAGCUGAAGAAGGCAAGUCCCUGUGGGAGUUGGUGGUGGAGCAGUUUGAAGACCUCUUGGUGAGGAUCCUGCUGCUGGCUGCCUGCGUCUCCUUU